AAUGCUACUUAUCGUUUUUCUCUUUUGUCAAACUCUCCACUUUAGUUUUGAGAAACACAUAUAUUAAUGGCGUUUCAAACUCCCCCUAAUAUUGUCUUCACGGUGAGGAGGCGGCAACCGGAGCUUAUAGCUCCGGCAAAGCCUACUCCACAUGAGGUGAAACUUUUGUCUGACAUAGAUGACCAAGCUGGUUUACGUGCCCAAACUCCAUUCAUGCACUUCUAUCGUUCUGAGCCUUCAUUAAUGACAGGGAAGGACCCAGUCAAAGUGAUCAGAGAUGCAUUGGCUCAAACACUUGUGUUUUACUAUCCUUUUGCAGGAAGACUGAGGGAAGGUGAAGGUCGUAAACUUAUGGUGGAGUGUAAUGAAGAAGGCGUCAUGUUCAUUGAGGCUGACGCUGACGUCACUCUUCAACAGUUUGGUGAUGAUCUUCAACCUCCAUUUCCAUGCUUUGAAAACCUUCUUAACUCUCCUCCUGGUUCAGAUGGAAACCUUCACUGUCCCAUCUUGCUUAUUCAGGUAACACGUCUCAAGUGUGGUGGUUUCAUCUUUGGCCUUCGAAUGAAUCAUAGCAUGAGCGAUGGACCUGGCAUUGCGCAAUUCAUGAAAGCCCUCGCCGAAAUAGCUAACGGAGCAACUGAACCUUCGAUUCUACCGGUGUGGCACAGAGAGGUUCUAAACGCAAGAGACUCACCAAACAUUACAUGCACUCAUCAUGAGUACGAUGAAGUGGUCGGCGAUCCCAUCCCCAUCACUAACACAAUUCACCGUUCUUUCUUCUUCGGACCCACCGAUGUCUCAUCCCUCCGUAAAUUACUCCCCAACCACCUCACUUAUCAACCAACCUCAUUUGAUCUCGUCACGGCAUGUCUCUGGCGUUUUCGUACAAAAGCUCUACAGCUAGAUCCACAAGACGAUGUUCGACUCAUGUUCCUCGCUAAUGCACGCAUGGGACGUGAUAGAUUCAACCCUCCAUUACCAAAAGGUUACUACGGGAACGCUAUCGUGUUUCCGACAGCGGUUUCGACGGUCGGAAAACUCUCUGAGAGUCCGUUAGAGUAUGCGUUAGAGCUAGUUAGGGAAUCAAAGGAUGUAGUGAAUGGCGAGUACUUUCACUCUGUGGCUGAUCUUUUGGUGACUAGAGGACGACCUAGUUUUGCAACAGUGAGAUCGUUUAUAGUUGCAGAUUUUUCACGACUUGGAUUCAAAGAUGUUGAUUUUGGUUGGGGCAAGGCAGUGUAUGCUGGUCCUGCUUUGAGUGGACUUGGGACGUUUCAAGGAUUCACAUUUUAUGUUGGAUAUAGUAACUCUAAGGGUGAGGAAGGAAGAAUCGUACCUAUUUGCUUGCCACCAGAAUGUAUGGAAAAAUUUGCCAAAGAGUUGGAUCUCAUGCUUAACAAUAACGGUGCCUAAUUAAUCUUUCAUUGACGGUUAUAUGUAUUUUGUUGUUGUCUUUAUAUGUGUGUUUAUGGUUGCUGGUUAUUGCUUGUGUAUGGUCUAGUGGGUCAUCUAUAUAUGCUUGGUGAUUAAUAAAGCCUUCUCAUGUUUGAAUGGCACUA